AUUGCUCUGUUUAUAUUAAACAAAGAAUCUGAUAUUUGGUCUUUUAUGUUUGAAAUUAUGAUGCCAGUUUAAAAACUUCAUAAAGCAAAGCACGCCGCCAUUUUGUCCAUGCAGCAGAAGGGUGGAGGUAAACAGAUGACGUCAGAGGCGUGACUGUGUAAGACGGAGCGCGCGCGCGCGCCCCCGCGCAGGGCAGAGUGAGGGUGGGAGCGCGUGCACUCGGGAUCAGCGCGAGCAACAUGGGCAACGUUCAACCCACGAUUGUUCCCUAUGAGGACUUUGACGUAGUGGCGGAUAUUAAGGAGAUCCGUAAAUCCUGCAAAGGAUUGGGCACUGAUGAGGAAACCAUCAUCUCCAUCUUAGCUAACCGCUCCUGGGCCCAGCGCGUGGAGAUUAAACAAGCCUACUAUGAGAAAUAUGAUGAUGAGCUGGAGGAGGUGCUGAAGAGCGAGCUGUCAGGAAGUUUUGAGAAGGCGAUCAUUGCCAUGUUUGAUCCGCCUAAUGUCUACGCUGCUAAAGAACUGCAGCGUGCCAUAAAGGGACUCGGAACCGACGAGGCCGUGCUGGUGGAGAUCCUGUGCACCAGCACCAAUCAGGAUAUUGUGAAGAUUAAGGAGGCGUACACUCAGGUGUAUGAGUGUGACCUGGAAGCAGAUAUCGAGGGCGACACGAGCGGAGACGUGAGAAACCUGUUGAUUUCACUCCUUCAGGCGAGCAGGGACGAGGGUUAUGAGGUGGAUGAAGGAUUGACUGAAGAGGACGCCACAUCACUGAUGGAGGCUGGAGAAGGACGCUUUGGCACAGACGAGUCCGUGUUCACGUACAUCCUCACUCACAGGAACUACCUGCAGCUUCAGGCCACCUUCAAAGCCUACGAAUCUGUGACCGGGACAGACAUCCUCGAUGCCAUCAACAGUGAAGCCACAGGGACAUUAAAGGACUGCUACAUAACUCUGGUUCGGUGCGCUAAAAACCCGCAGCUCUAUUUCGCUCGUCGCCUGAACGAAGCCAUGUCAGGUGGAGGGACGGACGAGGACACACUGAUCCGCAUCAUCGUGGGACGCGCUGAGUUGGACCUGGAGACCAUUAAGGACAUGUAUCUGGAGAAGUUCGACGUGACGCUGAAGGACGCUCUGAGCUCGGACUGCGGUGGCGAUUUUAAGCGCCUCCUGCUGGCUAUCCUGCACUGAAGAUGGCGAAAGAGUCUGACACUAAUCCCUCCACCAGGAACCAACCUUCUCUCCAACACUGCCUACAGGAAUAACACACAUGCUGUGUUCCAAUCCUGUUCUAAAACGCCCUCGUACACUUCCUCUUGUAAAAUGUAUGGAAAUACAAAUCAGUUUUUUUUUUUUUUUUUUUUUAACAUAAUUUAGGCUUUUCUUGUUAAAUGGCCUAACUUUUACCUUUUGGUCAUAUUUAAAAAAAAUUCUCAAGUGUACGUUUUGUAUUUUGUAGCCACGAGUUCGAAUUUCUAUGAUUACAUUUUGUUAUUGUUGUAUUUUGAUACUUUCGCAUUUAAUAUUUACCAAAAAAAAAACCCCUCAAACUGAACAUUUUCCAACACAAUUUUCUACACUUUCAGGCCAAAACCUUUCAACGACUGAAAUUUCAUCGCAUCGAUAUUUAUACUUAAGAUCGAAUUCCAAAUAGAUAAUGAAGAGACAUUGACGAGGGCGUGUUAAACAGUGUACGAACGCAGGAAUGCACAACUACCGUUCACACUCUACUUCUGCUUUACCUUCACGUUCACCCACCUGAUAUCAUCCAGUCCACACUUCCUCUCUUCUCUUCGAGUCAUGUUUCAUCCCGAACUAGAUGUUUCUUCACAUGAUUUUAAUGAUGCAGAUUAAAUCAUUGAAGAAUUAAACAGUUAAUGAAUGAAGACUUUUUCUUGCAUCUAUGGAGAAAGUUUUAAUUUUUCUAUCGCAUUACAAUUAGAUAAAUAUUACAGGAAUAUUUUGACACAUUUCAUAAAUUUGAUUUUCUCAAUGAUGCACGCAAACAUGGAGAUGUUUAGUGUGCGUGUGUGAGAAUUUCUUCUGUUUUUAGUUGAGUUAAUUUUGUGCUGUACCUGUGAGGCUAGCAGAAGUCUAUCUCACCUGAAACUCAAACCUGCUCACGUUACUCAACAUCAGUAAUCACCGCAGUGUCAUUUUAUAAUAAACGAUUCUUUAGAACGGCAUAAUUUGAUAAAUCAUUUUUUCUCUAAAAACGAACAAAAACUUUCCAACAUCCUCCAAAAAUUCUGGUACAGAGCCGCGCAAGGACCAAACAACUUUUGCGUUCCCGCACAAUCCUUUAGCUAAUCCUAACCCUUAUCGCAAGGUAACACAAGUAGCUUAAAAUCCCCACCAUGACCCCUAGGGGGCUCCAUAUUCAGGAGGUGGCACUUGAUCUAAUAUAAUUGGGGUUUGAAUUUUAACUCAAAUUACUGAUGGUGUUUGAAGCAAGGACAUGAUUAAUAGAACAUAACGUAUAUAUUAUGUAGCGUCAGAGCUCGAGUGUGAAAACGAAGCAAUUUUUUCCCUAAACUGUCCCUUUAAAACAACAAAAAUGAAAGUAUUUAAAGGGAUGUGAUGUGUUUAUUCACUGAAAUGGAACUGUCUUAUUUAUUUUCAUUUACUUGAAUGAAUUCAGGAACAUGGAAUAUGACAAUGCUAAGAAUCUAAUCUUUCUGAUCGCAGUAGUUUCAGCGAUCAUCUCUUUAACAGGAUGUGUUUCUGUGUGUUAAUGUGAAACACUCCGACGCCUUUUUAACAUGUUAGUCCUUUGUAUAAAAUUAUGUAGAAUAUAGCAAAGUGUCUACGCUGCUUCCGACUGAAUAAUCCUGUGUGGACGUGUAGCGUAGGACUGUAAUGGAGGAGAAAUGUGAAAUGUACUGUUGCUUUAAGAGUAAACCGUGUUGAUGGGAUGAUGUAAAAGGUGCUUGUUUUAAAUAUUAACCCAGCUGAUAAUGAAGUGCAAGAUAUUAAUAUUAGGGUGCGUAUGCUGCUGUGUGAUGUAAUCUUUGGAAAAAAAAAGAUUGAGAUGAAUACUCAUUCAUGUGAAUCAAUAUAACAAAUAAACUGCUUUUUGUCUGACUUA